AUGGACUUUCGAGAUUCGUAUUUGGGUGAAACAAAUCCGCUCAUUGUAAGAAACCGACUGGGGCGGAAUGUUUCCAGGAAGGAAAAUAUAAAUACUGUGGAUUUAACUAAUGGAGAAGCAGAACUUGGACAGGCCGAAUCAUCUAAUAAUAAUCCUAAUAACAUAGAGCCCAUUAAUCCACCACUCGAUGUGUCCAAUGAUAAUGUGUCAUCUUCUAAAAACUAUGAAGAAGUGAUAUAUGAUAUUGUAUCAUCUAUACUAUCUAAAAUGUUUCAGUUUUUGACUAUUGUUUAUGAGACAAGUCAGAAAGUUUACAUCAAACAUAAGGAAAGAAAUGUAAAAGAAAGAAAUGACCUGGCAAUAGAGGAGAGAUCUGGGGAUAUAUAUAUCGAAGGCCAUAAUGAAAAGAGUGAUACUGAAGAAAGCGUGGUCAUAGUUGAUGUUAAGAACAAACCAUCGAACAACGUAUUCGAGCCAUUACUACAAUUUGAAGAAGAAGAAGAAGAAGAGGCCAAUGGAAAUGAAACUCAGCAAUACGGUACGAGUUUAUCAAUUGCAAAAUAUCCUAAAUUUAGUUCCAGUAGUUCGUACACGCCGACAGGGUUGAAUGGCUAUUCUCUGUUUAUGACCACGAAACCUGAUGUUUCGAACCUAGACAUAUUAGAACCUACUAAAACAACAGAUUAUGAUUCCUAUGUAUCUAAGUUUUAUCUACCACAUGAGCCAGUAUCAAAAAAUAAAUAUUCUUUGGUUGAUACCCUCAUAGAUAAUUUCUUUAUUGAUGGCAUAUCUGACAUCUUCAAAGAGAGAAAAGAGAGGCAAAAAUUAAUUUCAAAAGAAAGAGAAAGCUUAAAAACUAGAUUGCUUCCAUUAUCGAAAGAGGAUCAACAAUUAGUCACUAAAUUUUGGAAUCAGCCUCCUGGGUCGGUUGUGACAUCUGCAUUUCAGAUUGAAAUUACCACUCGGGAUUUGCAAACAUUAUGUGAUGGUCAUUGGCUAAAUGAUAACGUAAUAGACUUUUAUUUCAACUUAAUAACAUCUAAGAAUCAAUCAGUUUUUGGUUGGACUACACAUUUUUUUACUACUUUAAAGCUGAAAGGUUAUCAAGGUGUCGCACGUUGGUCAAAACGUAAGAAAGUUAAUGUAACGGAAAAGGACUUAAUAUUAGUUCCAAUAAAUAUUAUGGGUACACAUUGGGCAUUAGCUGUUGUGAAUAAUAAAGAGAAAAGGUUUCAAUAUUUCGAUUCUUUGUCUUCUAAUGGUAAUCAACAAGCAUUACAGAUUAUUAAAAACUACAUGAUUCAAGAAGGUAAAAAACAUAAUUCAUCUAUAGAUUUUGAAAAAUACUCGAUAAUGAAGAAUAUGCCAAGUCCACAGCAACAAAAUGGUUUUGAUUGUGGUGUUUUUGCAUGCAUCUGCGCAAAAUAUGUUGCUCAGUGGAGGGAUUUGACAUACAGACAAAAGGACAUGAAGCUUAUUAGAAGACGAAUGGCAUAUGAAAUUAUAACUAAAGACUUGUUAGAUUAA